AUUUUGCUUGUUGAACCUGUGAAAUGGAUGUUAUUAUAGGUUGCAUCAGAGUAGCUGCAGUCGCUCUUUUCUUAAUUCCUGAGGGAGGAGCAGUUCACAUGCAAAGUACACAAUGCAAAAACACAAGUCUGUUUCUGCAAAGGAGAGAACCACUUAAUUGAUGUUGGGUGGAGAGACAUGACCAACAAUGGAGAGAAGACUCAUGAUUUGGAUAUAUUUAUUUGGCUAUUUUUGUGCUUCUACUCAAGAUUCAACUCAGACCAUGACUCCAGGAACCAGUACUGUGGGAAAAGAAAAGGAUGGUGACAAACCACUCAUAUCUCUGAAUCCAACUAACGCUGCAGGAAGUAGCAAUGCUCUCAACAUCAGAACCUUCAAAACUACAACCAAGGCAUCUACAACCACAUCAAGAACUUUCACAGAGACAACAGGAAAGGCAUCAACGACCAAAAAGACAACAAACAUUUCCACAACACCGAAAAAUAUGACAAUAAACACAACCAUGUCCGAUACAACUAUAAAUACAACAACUAUAAAGAGGACAACCACACCUGUGACUAGAGCAACCCAAAACACAACAGACAAAACCAUUGCCACAACUAAUACAAGACCAACCACCAUUCUUCCAACGACAAAUGCAACCAUGACUACCAUAACCAUUUCCACAACACCUGAAACAAGGACACCCACAUCUUUGACAACUACAACCAAAAAUACAACAAACACAACCAUACCACCAACCAACACAACACCCAGCACCAUACUUCCAAUGAUGAAUACAACCAUGACUACCACAACUGGAAAUAUAACCAUUUCCACAACACCUGAAACAAGGACAACCACAUCUUUGACCACUACAACCCAAAACACAACAAACACAACCAUUCCCACAACCAAUACAAGACCAAUCACCAUUCUUCCAACGAAGAAUACAACCAUGACUACCACAACCCAAAAUAUAACCAUGUCCACUACAUCUGAGACAAGGACAACCACACCUUUGACUACAACCCAAAAUACAACAAACACAACCAUACCCACAACCGGCACAACAACAAGCACCACGUUUCCAAUGACGAAUACAACCAUGACUACCACAACCCAAAAUAUAACCAUUUCCACAACACCUGAAACAAGGACAACCACAUCUUUGACCAGUACAACCCAAAACACAACGAACACAACCAUACCCCCAACCGGUGCAACAACAAGCACCAUGGUUUCAACGACGAAUACAACCAUGACUACCACAACCCAAAAUAUAACCAUUUCCACAACACCUGAAACAAGGUCAACCACAUCUUUCACCACUACAACCCAAAACACAACAAACAUAACCAUACCCACAACCAACACAACACCAGGCACCACACUUCCAAUGAUGAAUACAACCAUGAAUACCACAACCCAAAAUAUAACCAUUUCUACAACACCAGAAACAAGGACAACCACAUCUUUGACCAGUACAACCCAAAACACAACGAACACAACCAUACCCCCAACCGGUGCAACAACAAGCACCAUGGUUUCAACGACGAAUACAACCAUGACUACCACACCCCAAAAUAUAACCAUUUCCACAACACCUGAAACAAGGUCAACCACAUCUUUCACCACAACAACCCAAAACACAACAAACAUAACCAUACCCACAACCAACACACCACCAGGCACCACAUUUCCAAUGAUGAAUACAACCAUGACGACCACAACCCAAAAUAUAACCAUUUCCACAACACCAGAAACAAGGAAAACCACAUCUUUGACCAGUACAACCCAAAACACAACAAACACAACCAUACCCCCAACCGGUGCAACAACAAGCACCAUGGUUUCAACGACAAAUACAACCAUGACUACCACAACCCAAAAUAUAACCAUUUCCACAACACCUGAAACAAGGACAACCACACAUUUGACCACUACAACCCAAAACACAACAAACACAACCAUACCCACAACCAGCACAACAACAAACACCAUGCUUCCAACAACUAAUAUAACCACAACAACUACAACCCAAAAUAUAACCAUGUCCACUACGACUGAGACAAGCACAACCACACCUUUGACUACAACCCAAAAUACAACAAACACAACCAUACCCACAACCAGCACAACAACAAGUACCACACUUCCAAUGACAAAUACAACCAUGACUACCACAAGCCAAAAUAUAACAAUUUCCACAACACCUGAAACAAGGACAACCACGUCUUCGACCAGUACAACCCAAAAUACAACAAACACAACCAUACCCUCAACCAGCACAACAACAAGCACCACACUUCCAAUGACAAAUACAACCAUGACUACCACAACCCAAAAUAUAACAAUUUCCACAACACCUGAAACAAGGACAACCACGUCUUCGACCAGUACAACCCAAAACACAACAAACACAACCAUACCCUCAACCAGCACAACAAGCUCCACACUUCCAACGACAAAUACAACCAUGACUACCACAAGCCAAAAUAUAACCAUUUCCACAACACCUGAAAUAAGAACAUCCUUGACCACUACAACUCAAAACAUAACAAACACAACCAUAACCACAACCAACAGAACACCAACCACUGCGCUUCCAAUAACAAAUAUAACCAUUACGACAACCCAAAAUAUAACCAUUUCCACAACACCUGAAACAAGGACGUCUUUGACCACUACAACCCAAAAUACAACAAACACAACCAUUCCCACAACCAAUUCAACACCAACCACCAUGCUUCCAAUGACGAACACGACCAUGACGACCACAACCCAAAAUAUAACCAUUUCUACAACACCUGAAAGAAGGACAACCACAUCUUUGACAACUACAACCGAAAACACAACAAACACAACUAUACCCACAACCAACACAACACCAAGCACCACACCUCCAACAACGAAUACAACCAUGACUACCACAACCCGAAAUAUAACUAUUUCCACAACACCUGAAACAAGGACAACCACAUCUUUGACCACUACAACUCAAAAUACAACAAACACAACCAUACCCACUACAACCAACACAACACCAAGCACAAUGCUUCCAAUGGCAAAUACAACUAUAACAACCACAACCCAAAAUAUAACCAUCUCCAUUACACCUGACACAAGCACAACCACACCUAUGACUACAACCCAAAACACAACAAACACAACCAUACCCUCAACCAACACAACACCAAGCACCACACUUCCAAUGACGAAUACAACCAUGACUACCACAACCCAAAAUAUAACCAUUUCCACAACACCUGAAAUAAGGACAACCACGUCUUCGACCAGUACAACCCAAAACACAACAAACACAACCAUACCCACCACCAGCACAACAAGCACCAUGGUUUCAACGACGAAUACAACCAUGACUACCACAACCCAAAAUAUAACCAUUUCCACAACACCUGAAACAAGGACAACCACACCUUUGACCACUACAACCCAAAACACAACAAACACAACCAUACCCACAACCAGCACAACAACAAGCACCACACUUCCAACGACAAAUACAACCAUGACUACCACAACCCAAAAUAUAACAAUUUCCACAACACCUGAAACAAGGACAACCACGUCUUCGACCAGUACAACCCAAAACACAACAAACACAACCAUACCCACCACCAGCACAACAACAAGCACCAUGCUUCCGACAAUGAAUACAACCAUGACUACCACAACCCAAAAUAUAACCAUGUUCACUACACCUGAUACAAGGACAACCACGUCUUUGACCACUACAACCCAAAACACAACAAACACAACCAUACCCGCCACCAGCACAACAAGAAGCACCAUGCAUCCAAAGACGAAUACAAUCAUAACAACCACAACCCAAAAUAUAACCAUGUUCACUACACCUGAGACAAGGACAACCACACCUUUGACCACUGCAACCCAAAACACAACAAACACAACCAUACCCACAACCAGCACAACAACAAGCACCACACUUCCAACGACAAAUACAACCAUGACUACCACAACCCAAAAUAUAACCAUUUCCACAACACCUGAGACAAGGACAACCACGUCUUUGACCAGUACAACCCAAAACACAACAAAUACAACCAUACCCACCACCAGCACAACAACAAGCACCACACUUCCAACGACGAAUACAACCAUAAGAACCACAACGCAAAAUAUAACCAUUUCCACAACACCUGAAACAAGGACAACCACGUCUUCGACCAGUACAACCCAAAACACAACAAACACAACCAUACCCACCACCAGCACAACAAGCACCAUGGUUUCAACGACGAAUACAACCAUGACUACCACAACCCAAAAUAUAACCAUUUCCACAACACCUGAAACAAGGACAACCAUAUCGUUGACCACUACACCCCAAAACACAACAAACACAACCAUACCCACAACCAGUACAACAACAAGCACCAUGCUUUCAACAACGAAUACAAAUAUGACGACCAUAACCCAAAAUAUAACCAUUUCCACAACACCUGAAACAAGGACAACCACAUCUUUGACCACUACAACCCAACACACAACAAACACUGCUAUACCCACAGCCAGCACAACAACAAACACCAUGCUUCCAACGGCGAAUACAACCAUAACAACAAUGACAACUGUAACUAUGACAACCCCACUCCAAAACACAACAAGCACAACAUUACCAACAACAAUAACAAAUACCACACUUGCAACAACCACAAACACAUCUGUGACCACUGUAGCCCAAAACACAACAACAGCCACUGCUUCUACACUCCCAAACUCUCCAACAACCACCUUGACAAGCCCCAUGAAACCCCAAGGCCCCGUAUCACUGGCUCAUUUCAAGAUGACGUUAAGUGUGCGUGACGACGUGAGCAACGCCACCAUCAUGGAACUUGUUGAAUCGUUUUUCAGAGAACAGCUUCUGAGAGGAACAGCAUACACCAUCAAUGUCACAAAAAUUAAACGGACUGCCCCCUAAAAGCUGUGGUACUUCUGCUAGAUUGUCUACCGUCUGUCAUGGUUGGACACUGCAAUGGAGGCGCUAGCAUUCAGAAGUACCCGCCCUCUUCCUGCUCAGAGCAUGCAAGCCACACCCCACGUGACCCCACAUCACCCGAAAGGUGAUGUGAGCAUCUCUGAGCCUGUGUGUACGUGUCUAUGCGCACACACGCCUGGGCAGAAGCCAUGAGUGAGAGACCGCCAUUCACACCACGCCCCCUUCUCGGCUCAAAAACAAAUCUCGUAUUGUUUAACACAUACAGUAGUUGUGAAGAACAUGGACAUUUUUACAUCUGUUCUCUGAAACCACUAGUUGUAGCAUAUGCUGGCCACUGACGGUGUUCUUAUUUUUGUGAGGUGAAAAUAAUGUCAUUUGGAGCCAUGGAGCACCUUUAAUUACCUUUAGCACCUUUUAAUUCAUUCUUCACACACAUGAAUGUGUGGUACCAUGGAUCCUGAAUGAUUGGUUUUUACAAUUAAUUAGCUCUCUGGUGAUUCAGAGAUAAUCAUUUUUGUAUUUUAAUUCUUAUUUAUCGUUUAAUAAAAAAAUCCCUUUGACAAUCACGAUUUAGAGUGUCAAUUUAUGGAUGUUUGA